UGAGCAUGCGCAGUUGUUCACCCAAGAGGAGCAACAACAACAAUGUCCUCCUUUGGUUGUCAGGGCUCUUGGAGAGAGCCAGGAGGCGCUCCACUUGGGCUUGCAAGGGCUGCAGCUGGCCAACCGGGGCGGCAAAGCUUCCAGUGGAGUGGCCACUCUGGGCAAGAGGUUGGCCACCGAAGGAGGGUGGCUUCCCAAGCUGCCCUGCUCGGAAGAGGAGUCCGCCAAGGGCCACCCACACCAGCACCACCGGCACCCCGGGCGCCACCACCAUGCCCAUCACCACCCGGGCCUGCCCAAGGAGCCCAGCCGGCUGCGCUUGUGGCCCAACCCCGAGCACGCCGGGAGGCACCGCGGACGGGAGAACCGGGGACGCCGGGCCAGGAUGCCCGCUUUCACUGCCACGGCGGCUGCGGCAACUGCGGCAGGGGUGGCCCUCUGCUACAGCAAGGGCCACGUCUCCAAAGAAGACUCCCUGCUUGAAGCUGCCCGGAUCAACAACAUCUCAGAGGUAGACAGGUUGUUGAAGGAAGGGGUCAGCGUCAACUCCCGACACAAAUUGGGCUGGACAGCUCUGAUGGUCGCAGCCAUAAACCGAAACACAACGGUGGUAACACUCCUCCUUGCAGCCGGAGCCGACCCCAACCUGGGAGACGAGUUCAGCAGCGUCUAUGAAACUGCCAAAGAGAAAGGGCUCCAUUCCCUGGAAGUGCUGGUCACUCGGGAGGAUGACUUCAACAACCGCCUGAACAACCGGGCCAGUUUCAAGGGCUGCACCGCCCUGCAUUAUGCCGUCCUGGCCGACGACUACCCCACUGUCAAGUUGCUCCUGGAGGGAGGUGGCAACCCCCUGCAGAGGAACGAAAUGGGGCACACGCCCAUGGACUAUGCCCGGGAGGGAGAGGUCAUGAAGCUCCUGAAGGCCUCCGCAACAAAGUUCCAGGAGGAUCAGCGCAAGAGAGAGAUAGAGGAGCGCCGCAGGUUCCCUUUGGAGCAGAGGCUCAGGGAGCAUAUCAUCGGUCAGGAGAGCGCCAUCGCCACCGUUGGGGCUGGAUUCCUCAGAGUUGAGGGACUUAAAACGCUUGUGCGAGGGAACAAUAUGGCCACCCCGGAGAUGGUGCGAGAGAUGGAUCUCCUCCGUCUGAAGCUGAAGAGAACCCAGAGAGCCUUGGCUGUGCCGGGAGCAGAGAACAAGCAAACAGCCCAACUUCUCAGUCAUUCUCAGGGAGCAGCGCACAAUAGAUAUAGGAUAUUAAAACCCUCCAUCUUCCUCCUGUUACUGAAAACGGCCGCUGUGUUUGGGGUGAGACCAUUAGGAGCAAAAACGGAUGGAUGGAUUAAAAAGGGCUUUGGGCUUCUUGUUUUCUUCUCAGAGUGGCCAAAGGCCGUGCUGAAAAGUCCCCGGGAGAGAAAGACCGGGGAAACAAUCAGAACAGAAGAGGCAUUCCGUCCUUGGAUUGUGCCGGAGAUGGUCCACACGCUUCUCUUGUGCGUUGAACUAUUUGCACAAGAACUCUUGAGCAGCACUUCCGUUGUUGUGUACUGCCAGCUAGAACAUGGCCAUAUAGCCCGAAAAAACCUACAACGACCCACAUCUUGCCAAGACCUUCGGCUCUUUCCCAGAAUUGGCAAUGGAAAAUUAGGUCUUUUGGGCCAGGAGUAUUACUCCCAGCAUCUGGUAGUAGUGACUCUAUUACUUCCCAUUCUCCCUACUACUGGCCAUGUCCUCUUGCUGCUCACUCCCAACCAUCGCAAUCAAUAUCGUAACCCCUGUGUUUCUUUUCCAGGCAAAACGGAGCUGGCCAAGCAGACGGCCAAGUACCUGCACAAAGAUGUGAAGAAGGGGUUCAUCAGGCUGGACAUGUCGGAGUUUCAGGAGAGGCACGAGGUGGCCAAAUUCAUUGGCUCCCCCCCAGGCUACGUGGGGCACGAAGAAGGUGGGCAGCUGACCAAGAAGCUCAAGCAGUGCCCCAAUGCGGUGGUCCUCUUCGAUGAGGUGGACAAGGCCCACCCAGAUGUCCUCACCAUCAUGUUGCAGCUCUUUGAUGAAGGGCGGCUUACAGACGGGAAGGGGAAGACCAUCGACUGCAAGGACGCCAUCUUCAUCAUGACCUCCAACGUGGCCAGUGACGAGAUCGCCCAGCACGCCUUGCAGCUGCGGCAGGAGGCCAUGGAAAUGAGCCGGAAGAGGAUCGCCGAAAAGCUGGACGACGUCCAGAUGACAGACAAGAUCACCAUCUCCAAGAACUUCAAGGAGAAAGUCAUCCGCCCCAUCCUCAAGGCUCACUUCCGGAGAGACGAGUUCCUCGGAAGGAUCAACGAAAUCGUUUAUUUCCUCCCCUUCUGCCAUUCGGAGCUCAUCCAGCUGGUCAACAAGGAGCUCAGCUUCUGGGCAAAGAAGGCCAAGGCACAGCACAACAUCACUUUGGUGUGGGACAGGGAGGUCAUGGAUGUCCUGGCUGACGGGUACAACCUCCACUAUGGCGCCCGGUCCAUCAAACACGAGGUGGAGCGCCGAGUGGUGAACCAACUGGCAGCCGCCUACGAGCAGGAGCUACUUCCACGCGGUUGCACGCUGCGCAUCGCGGUGGACGACUCAGAGCGCCCACUCCUGAAGGCGAAGGACGGUCCGGCCCUGAAGGAGGAGGGCCAGCCACGGAAGGGGGGUCCCGCGCUGCGGCUGGAGAUUGUGGAAGACAGCAAGUGCCGGAAGCUGGACAUCCAAGCCCCACUGCUGCCGGAGGAGAUGUCCUUCCCCUUGUAGGCCUGGGUGUGGCCUUUGGGGGGGCUUCUGGAGGAUUUUGGAGCGUGUGGUCAGUAAUAAAGCGAUCGUGAGACAUUGCAA